UCCCUCCGGUGGGGUUUUGUCUGCCCACCGGCAGCGGAUUUUUGUUUUGCACCUUCGUUAGCUGUCAAACCUCUUUUUUAAAUUAAAAGUAAUAAUGAUAAAAUAAAAGAUCUGAUAAACAGUUUAAAAUCUGGAUGUGGAAGAACAGAAAGACACUCUUCUGAUCGAUGUCGUCUCUUGGGUCAAAAAUCCUCUCCACUCUGCCGGCUGAUGAGGAACAGUUCCCUCUGCAGUUCAGCGACAAAGUAGACCCAAGCGUGGUGGAAGUACUGAGGCGCUGUCGGAAGCAGUUGUACGGUAACGCGACGUGCGCCAGCCAGGGGCUCAACGCCCAGAUCAUUCUAGACAUUUCAUGGGAAAGAUUGAACACAGGGACGUGGCGCCACGUGGACAAGGAAUGGAGACGGGUUUACUCGUAUGGCUGCCUCUUCAAAGUGGCCGCACUGUGCCGAGAAAAUCCAUCACAACAGGAGAUCCUGGAGGCCGUCAGGACUUGUGACAUGGGUUUACUGAUGGGUGCGGCCAUCAUGGAUGACAUACUCCAGGUUCUUGUUCGAAUUCUGCAAAAUGAAAUAAGCGAAACCAGUAAAGACGAGGAGAAAAGUGUAGAAGUUGUUGCUAAGAAAUUAAAGACUGAGGGCCCCCGCAGUCCUUCAAUCAGAGAAGAGAAGGCAGUGCCCAGGAUCAAGUGUCCUUCCCUGGAAAGCUUCAGCACAAACUACCUGCUUCCCCUCAAACCGGUGAUUUUAGAAGGAAUCAUUGACCACUGGCCCGCUCUCAACAACCACCCCUGGAGCAUAGAGUACCUGAGGUCUGUGGCCGGUUUCCGGACCGUUCCUGUCGAGGUGGGGUCUAGAUAUACCGACGAAAACUGGUCGCAAACUCUCCUUACUGUCAAUGAGUUUAUCGACAGGUACAUUUUGAAUGAAAUCUCCCAGGAUGGCGGUAAAAGUCGGGGUUAUCUUGCUCAGCACCAACUUUUUGAUCAGAUACCAGAGUUGAAGGAAGACAUUCGCAUCCCAGAUUACUGCUGUCUGGGUGAAGGAGAUGAGGAUGACAUCACCAUAAAUGCAUGGUUUGGACCUGCAGGCACUGUGUCUCCGCUACACCAGGAUCCCCAGCAGAACUUCCUGGCUCAGGUGGUUGGAAGCAAGUACAUCCGUCUGUUUUCCCCUGAAGACACGGACAAGCUCUACCCGCAUCAGUCGCAGCUUCUUCACAAUACCAGUCAGGUGGAGGUGGAGAAUCCCAAUGCUGAGCUUUUUCCGGAGUUUUCCAAAGCUCCGUAUCUGGAAUGUGUUCUGGAGCCAGGAGACGUGCUGUUCAUCCCUGUCAAACACUGGCACUAUGUCCGAUCCCUGCAAGUCAGCUUUUCUGUCAGCUUCUGGUGGUCUUGACGACAGAUUUCCAAUAAAAAUAUGAUCUGGACAACUGACA